CAAAGUAAAAUAAUACUCUUGAAAUACUCUAGGCAGUGACCUUGGUUUUACAACUAGUCGACAGGCUCUUUACUUUUCAGCUGGAUUUGUGGUUUUUCCAAAGAAGUUCAUACAGGAAUCUAAAUGGCUGAAGCAGUUGUGUCAAGUGCUGUAGGAAGGCUCACUGAUUUAUUGAUUGAUGAAGCUCAACUUCUUCUUGUGGUAAAAGAUGAAAUUGAACAAGUGGUGACCGAGCUCAGGCGGAUGAUGACAUUCUUAAGAGAUGCUGAUUCAAGGAUAGAUGAAGACAAUGUCCGAAACUUGCUUGCAGGUGUACGAGAGCUGGCCUAUGAUGCUGAACAUGUCGUUGAAACUUUUGUCCUUAAAGCUUCAUUCUCUGGGAAAACAAUUCAGUGGAUAACCAAAUUUAAGUUUUCAAGAAAUAUCAAAGAAUUACAAAGACAGAUGUCUCUCCUCUUCACAAACUUUCACGAUUUUAAUAUCAAAUCAACAUUAGAAUCCCAUGAAUUAUCAAGUUCCUUGUACAGAACAGCAGGAAGGCUAAAACGAUUUUGCUCUUACACUACUGUUGAACCAGAGUUAUUUGUUGGAUUUCACAAAGAUGUUGAUAGCUUGGUGGGACAUUUGGUGGAUGAAAGUGAUGAUUGUCACCGGCUUAUAUCUAUUUGUGGAAUGGGCGGUCUUGGUAAGACGACUCUAGCUCAAAAAAUCUACAAUCAUUCCACCAUCAAGACUUACUUUUCUGGUUUAGCCUGGGUUACCAUUUCGCAGAAGUGGCAAACAAAACUUGUGUUGCAGCGGAUUCUUAUAUGCCUCGUCCCUGAGAAGAAAAGGGAAAUUCUUGAAUCAGACAAUGACAAGCUAGUGGAGGAUCUCCUCCAAAUCCAGCAACAGAGAAAAUGCUUGAUAGUGCUUGAUGACAUAUGGUCAGCUGAUGCUUGGGAUUCCUUGAAAGCAGCCCUGAAAGUUGAAAAUUCCGUGAGCAAAUUACUUCUCACAAGCCGAAGCAUUGAUGUUGCUACUUAUGUAAAUCCCAAAGGCUACAUUCACCGACCAGAAUUUUUAAGUCAAGAACAAAGUUGGGAGCUACUUCAGUUGAAAGCCCUAAUUCCAAGAGGAGAUUAUCUAGACAUCAGGGAUAUUAAAAAGAUGGAAGAACUAGGAAGAGAAAUGGUUAGAAGUUGUGCCGGUCUUCCAUUAGCCAUAAUGGUUCUGGGCGGAAUUCUUGUGACAAAACCAUCUCUUAUAGAGUAGGAGAAGGUAUAUCGUGAUAGUAUGGCAUCCAUCAGGAGGGGAAGUGGAUUAGGAGAAAAUCAUCAAAGGAUAGUAUUUGACGUUUUACGUUGGAGUUACAAUGACUUACCCCCUCAACUGAAACC